UCAAGUUUCAGGAAGAGUGCAGCACCUGUCGGUGUUUGCUUUAAAACAAGGCACACAAAGUGAAGGACUACACUGCUCCACGUCAGAGGAAAACAUGCAGAGCGUCAGCUCUCCAGGAGGCCGCGUCCUCUCUGAGGAUCAGUUCAGCUGCUCCAUCUGUCUGGAGGUGUUCGUGGAGCCCGUCUCUACACCCUGUGGCCACAGCUUCUGCAAGGCCUGCCUGCAGGGCUACUGGACCCACAGCAAGAAGUUCAUCUGCCCCAUGUGCAAGAAGAACUACUCCAGAAAGCCCGAGAUGAGCGUCAACAGGGUCCUGGCUGAAAUCUCCUCCCAGUUCCAGGGGCUGAUGCUACCCGGUGGAGCCGGAGGGGCAGUGGGAGCUGUGGGGGCCACGCGGGGAUCCACGAUGAAUCUGAGCUCAGAUGUGCGCCACGGGGGCUCGCCGACACCCGACACCGGGGAGUUUGCGAGGCCCGGGGAGGUCCCCUGUGAUGCCUGCAUCGGAAGGAAGGUCAAGGCGCUCAAGUCUUGUGUGAACUGUCCUGGAUCAUACUGCGAGGUCCACCUCAGACAUCAUAAAAAGGUGAAGUCUCUGACGUCUCACCGUCUGAUCGAGCCUACUUUCCACCUGGAGGAGAAGAUCUGUAAGAAACACGAGCGUCUGCUGGAGGUCUACUGCCGCUCGGACCACACCUGCAUCUGCACGGCCUGCGCCGAUGCCUCGCACAAGUCCCACGACAUCGUCUCCACCGACCACGAGUGGAAGAAGAAGAUGAGUAAUCUGGGUAAGAAGAGGUCGGAGCUCAAACAUUUGAUCAAGGAGAGAGCCAAGAAACUGGACGAGAUCAAACAAUCCAUCAAGGUCAUCAAGGCCAGCUCUCAGAAGGAGCUGGAGGAAAGCUGGCAGGUGUACGCAGAGCUGCAGCGCAUGGUGGAGCAGAGUCAGGCGGAGCUGGUGGAGCUGAUCGCCAUGAGGCAACGCGAAGCCGAACGUCACGCUCAGGAGCUGGCCCGAGGUCUGGAGAACGAACUCAGCCAGCUGAGGAGGAGGAGCAACGAGCUGGAGGCCUACGCACAGACGCAGGACAAAGUGAUCUUCCUGCAGAACCUGUCGACGCUGUCGUCCCCACCCGAGCCCACCGAUUGGUCGGCGGUCAGCAUCAACACUGACCUCUACCUGGGAACCAUCAGCUCCUCCGUCAGCGGCCUCAUGGACAAGUUCCAGGAGGAGCUCAAGAGGCUGUACGGGAAAGAGCUCCGGAAGGUACAGAACUAUUCAAGUGAGGUGAUUUUGGACCCUGCCACGGCCCAGAGGCACCUGGUCGUGUCCGACGACGGUCGCCAGGUGAGAUAUGAAGAGCGUAAGACCGCCCACUCUGAGAGUGUUAAACGCUUCAGCCCCGCCCUCUUCGUCAUGGGCCGAGAAGGCCUCAGCUCCGGGCGACACUACUGGGAGGUGGACGUGGCGCGCAAGACGGCUUGGACGCUCGGCAUGGCCAGCGCCUCGGCCCGCCGCAAGGGUGAGAUCAAGCUGAGUCCCGAGGGGGGGUACUGGUGCCUGUGGUUGAAGAGCGCCGAGGUGAAGGCUUUGGCGUCGUCCCGCCUGCCUCUAACGCUGCCGUCCCAGCCGAGUAAAGUGGGAAUCUACCUGGAUUAUGAAGGAGGCCAGAUCUCGUUCUAUGACGUGAAAGCACGCCUACAUCUCUACACCUUUGUCGAUAACUUUAACGAUAGUCUGUACCCGAUCUUCAGCCCCUGUCUCCACCAGGAUGGGAAGAACUCAUCUCCUCUCGUUAUAACCCCCGUUAAACACGCCUGAGACUGACAGACGAUCAAAAGUCAGUCAGCAUUACGUUUAACUUUUUUGACAUCUUUAGGUCAAAAAAAGUUUGGUGCAAAGUGCAGAUACUUUUAAAAAUUUUGAACAGAUGAAUUUGUCAUUUUAUUUGGUCUUAAAAUAGGAAAUUGUUCUUCUCAAUGAGACAACUUUAUGACAGUUUUAUUAGUUUGCAAAGGCACUUUACCUCAAAUAACUUUCAAUAUUAUGAAAUAAAAACAAAGCAAGUUAUAUUGCAUAUCACAACUACCCACUAAAAUGGAUGGAUUACUGAACGAGCCCAUCGGGCACAGGCCCAGGGGGCCCCCUGGCUUUCACCUACAAAAUAUCAUUAAAAAAUACACGUACCAACCAGGAAGAGACUCAAAAACACUACAAACAGACACAAAACAACUACAAAGAGAUGCAAAACAGCUGCAGAGACUCACAUUGACUAAUAAAAGGGGCAAAACAAUCACAAAGGGACUCAAAAUAAUCACAAAAAGACGCUUAACAACUACAAGGAGAUUCAAAUCGACCAAAGAGACACAAAAUAACCACAUAGAGACGCUAAACAACUACAAAGAGAUGCUAAACAACUACAAAGAGACCCAAACAACCACAAAGAGACUCUAAACAAC